UCUGCCCUCUCAAAUCUCACACACACCACAAAACCUUGCAAAGUGCAAACCCCAACAAUGGCACUUUCCAAGCUUCAACUCUUUAUCAUUGUUUCCUUGACCAUGGCCUUCGCCAUGGGUCAGCUUUCCCUAGCCCAAAACUCCCCGAUAGACUUCCUCGCUGCACACAACGUUGCUCGGGCCAGCGUCGGGCUCAAGCCGAUGAUAUGGAAUAGAACGGUGGCGGCCUAUGCCCAAAAAUAUGCCAGUGUGAGGAGUGCCGAUUGCAACUUGGAACAUUCAGAGGGGCCAUAUGGCGAGAAUAUUGCUGAAGGCUAUGGUGAUUUAAGCGCGACAGAUGCAGUGAAGAUGUGGGUGGAUGAGAAGCAAUACUAUGACCAUGACACCAACACUUGUAGCGUUCCAGAUGGAGGGUGCUUGCAUUAUACUCAAGUUGUUUGGCGAAAGAGCACCGACAUUGGUUGUGCUAGGGCUCAUUGCAAGAAUGGCUGGUGGUUUGUUACAUGCAACUACUAUCCCCCGGGAAAUUACAUCGGCGAAGUUCCUUACUAAAGAUAUAUAUAUCAUCUUAUGUUCCAUCCAUCGACAUGUUUGGUGAAAAAUAUGAUGGAGAUGAAAUUACACUUUAUUAGCAACAAGUUGUAGUUGUCUAGCUAUGGCUUGGUGGGAAUGCAAUGUUAAUUGGCUUUGUGCUUGGAAAGAUGUGGAAAACCCUCAAAAAGUUUGUUUA